AUGGGGACAGCCAAACUUUUCGGCGCAUUGAAUAACCUGAAUGUCUCACGGCGCGUCAUUCUGUCUGGUACACCGAUUCAGAACGAUUUGUCCGAGUACUUCGCCCUCAUCAGUUUUGCGAAUCCCGAUCUUCUUGGAAACCCGCUGGAGUUUCGCAAACGUUUUGAGCUCCCCAUCCUGCGUGGACGUGACGCCGAUGCCUCCGAGGCUGACCGGAAACGCGGCGACGAGUGCCUUGUCGAGUUGCUUGCGAUUGUUAACAAGUUCAUCAUCCGCCGCACCAACGAACUUCUGUCCAAGUACCUUCCCGUCAAGUACGAGCACGUGGUGUUCUGCAAUCUGGCACCAUUCCAACUGGCGCUCUACAACUAUUUCAUCACUCCCCAGACAUUCAGGCCCUCCUCAGAGGCAAGGGUUCCCAGCCGCUCAAGGCUAUCGUAUUGGCCGGCCGACUACGUCCCCAAAGAAGCCCGCGGUCGCGACCGCGACAUCAAACCGUGGUACUCGGGCAAAAUGCAGGUCCUCGCCCGCAUGCUCGCUCGCAUCCGUGCCGACACCAACGACAAGAUUGUGCUGAUCAGCAAUUACACUUCUACCCUUGACCUAUUCGAGCGCCUCUGCCGAUCUAACAACUACGGCUGUUUACGUCUCGACGGCUCCAUGAACGUCAACAAGCGCCAGAAACUUGUGGACAAGUUCAACGACCCGGACGGUCCCGAGUUCGUGUUCCUGUUGUCCUCCAAGGCGGGCGGUUGCGGCCUCAACCUGAUCGGCGCCAACCGCCUUGUCCUCUUCGACCCCCGACUGGAACCCGGCCACCGACCAGCAGGCGCUCGCCCGUGUGUGGCGUGA